AUGAGCAGUUCAGCUUUACGAGAUAUUAUUCCAUGUAAUGAUGAUGAUGUGUCUAUAAAGAAAGCUCGACAAAAACGAUUCUCAAAUAUAUGUAAAAUUCUUAUAUUCGUAUUUCUUUUGGGAUUUAUUGCGAUUGGUAUCGUUGCAUUAGCAUUGAUUCUUGGAUAUUCUAGCAAAUCGUUUAUAUAUCUUAUUAUGCAAUCUUCUGAAGCAAAUGUAUCAACAUUAUCAAAUCUAACUCGUACUUUAACAUUUCAUCAAGAAAAUUUAACUGAAAUAUCCAAUGAACAAGAAUUGAAAAAAAUAACUAUUAUACCGAUUAAUAAUAAUCAAGAAAUUCAUAUACCAUCAAUAGUGAAAACAAAACAAGAAAAUCAAUAUAUAUCAACAAAUACACAAUCGAUGAAAUCUUAUCAAUCAUUGAAUACAAUAGUUGACGAACAAUCGACUUUUCCAACUAUUCAAGUAACAAUGUCUAAUCGACAAUCAACCAUUCAAUCAUCUGUAACAAUAAAUAAUAAAGAAUAUGUUGAAGCAUCCGAAGAAAAUAAAAUAACGACUAUUGAUACUCUUACUUCGACAUUUCUAAUGCCUAAAAUACAAGAUCAUGAAAUGGCAACCUCCGAAGCGAUUCCAUUAACUACUAGUAUUGAUUUACAAUUAGCAACAAAUCAAAAUAAGAAAACAAUGGUAUCAAAAAAACAUAAAAAAGUUAAUGACGAUGAUGUAAUUGAUGAUUUGUUACUUAUAUAA